AUGACGAGAACGUGCCUAUUGACGGCCCCCGCCGGCUUUGGACUGGUCUCAGAAGAGUGUCCGACCCGGGCGAUUGGAUGCAGAAUUAAGGUCGACCGUGACUCGAUACAGUGGUACGAAUACAGCCGCUUAUACGAUCGUAAUCAGCUGGCCUGCGUAUUGCCCGGUGAAUACACGCACAGAUGGCAGGACAGCUUCACCCAAGGACCAAAAGAAGACACACCUCAGAAGCCGCCUCAAACUGAAGGCAUCGCCACGAAAAAGGUGAAAACCGGAAAGAUCUCCGAGGUCACCCAGAAAAGGGUCGCACCGACGACGACGACGUCGGCAACAACGACGGAAAAGCCGACAAGACGGGCGACACCGCUGAAGGAAGCAAAACGCCGAAUUUCCGAAGAAAUGCGCGAGGAGGACUUCCGGCUGAACCUCAUCCUCGAAGACGAGGAGAAAGAGGCUUUAAUGGACAACGAGGAAGACGAGCCAGGCGAUGAGACCACCCCUCAAAACUCGCGCGAACGAGCACGAGCCGAUGCGGAGAAGCGGAGGAAAGAGGCGGAGAGGAAGGCGAAACAGGGGAAUGAAGAGGAGGUAGAGGAGGUUGAGGAGGAGGAUGAGGAUGAGGAACAAGGAUGGGACGAGGAUGAGGAGGGGCAUAAUGACGUGUCCUAUGGAUUUAGAAGAAAGCACAUGUUGCAACGGCGACGCGAGAAGGAGCGCCAAAGGAUCAUGGAGGAGGAGAGGCUGGCCAGGAUUGAGCGCGAGCAGGCGGAAAAAGACCGGAAAGCCCGCGAAAUGGAGCGCGCCAAGCUGGAGCAACAGCAGAGGGAGCGGGAGGAGGCGGAGGAGGACUAUCCGGAUGCGACGGCUCCACUCGGGAUGGACGAUUCCGGCAGCCCGGCAUCCGCUUCACUAUUUCUUGCCCUGUUUUUCACGCUUUUUCUUGCCCGUAUU